AUAACGAACCACGCAACCAGAAAGCUUGAAUGGCAACGGSAACUUUAUUAUCGAUCGUUCUCCCGGGAGACGAUGUCACGGACAAGAUUGUGCCAACCUCACUAAAGAAAAGCAUUCCAAAACUCGGCACCGGCCUUCGAAUCGAACGCGACGGCAAAGAAGAUGGCCACGAGAGAGUAUUUGCAACCUGUGCGGGUCGGUUGGUACACCGCUCCAAUACMUACUACAUAAAACAGAACGUCCAGCGAUAUCGUCCCCUCCAGGAAGACCGGGUGAUCGGCAUCGUCGAGGAUCGAGUGGCAAGCGAUGGCGCCGGGGGCGAUAUCUACCGAGUCAACAUCGGUGGGCCCCACCCGGCCAUGCUCAACAACCUAAGGUUCGAGGGUGCCACGAAACGCAACAAACCAAAUUUUACGGCGGGAAAGCUCGUUUAUGCGCGGAUCGAUACGAUGCCUCCCUCCAUGGAUCCUACUCUUUCGUGCCAGCUGGGUCCCCACGACGCCGGGGUUCCCCGAAAGGAUUGGAUGACGAACGAGGGGACGUACGGAGAAUUGAAAGGAGGAACGUGCCGAAAAAUUCCCCUCGGAUUGGCCCGUGAGCUCUUGUAUCCGAAGAAUCUAGUCCUGAACGAGCUCAGCAAAUCCAUAGCAUUUGAGGUCUGCAUAGGAGUCAAUGGUUUUUUGUGGGUGCACAGCCCACGGCCCGAAUACACGAUUCUGAUUCUGAACGCGAUCAUGAAUAGUCAGGUACUAACGGAAGCACAGGUCAGGGGCAUGGUCAAGUCGCUGGUAGACACAGUCAACCGCCAAAUUGAGGACGAGGAAGACUAACUAUUCGUCUUGGUUGUAGGGUGAACAAUUUAGGACAUGUGYAUUAAAYAAAUUGCGUGACA